AUGUCCCAAGAAGGCAUCAUGAUACAUGGAAUACAUUUCAUUCUAUUGUUCAGUCGUCAAGGGAAAUUACGGCUACAGAAAUGGUACACCACUCUCCCUGAUAAAGAAAGGAAAAAGAUCACCCGGGAAAUUGUCCAGAUUAUUCUCUCCCGUGGCCAACGGACAAGCAGUUUUAUCGACUGGAAGGAACUAAAACUUGUUUAUAAAAGGUAUGCUAGUUUAUACUUUUGCUGUGCUGUAGAAAACCAGGACAAUGAGCUCUUGACACUAGAGAUUGUGCAUCGUUACGUGGAGUUGCUGGACAAGUACUUUGGAAACGUCUGCGAGUUAGAUAUUAUCUUUAAUUUUGAAAAGGCAUAUUUUAUCCUGGAUGAGUUUAUAAUGGGUGGAGAAAUUCAGGAAACAUCCAAGAAAUCUGCCGUCAAAGCCAUUGAAGAUUCCGACAUGUUACAGGAGACGAUGGAAGAAUACAUGAGCAAGCCUACGUUUUAACUAUAUGUCUACUUGAAGACCCUGAGUACAAGGGGUGUGAACCUAUAAAUGAGCAAUGCCUUGCACCCCAUUAUUUGACAGAGCCUCCAGCACCAUGCCAAAACUAACUUAAAAGGGAUUCUUCGUUAUUUAGCAAAAAUUAAAGUUGUUGAACAUAAAAUAUCAUUAUUAUAUGUCUGUAUUACACUAAAUCUGACUACUCAUGGCUCCAGCUGUUAAAAUAACUGCUUUGUAAGCCAAUAGACUGAAUAAUUGUUUGCAAUGUUUUGAUUCCAUGUGCUAUUUUGAAGUGAAUUUAGAUAAACUGUGGCAAUACAUUGUCGCGUUUGACCCUCUACUGACAGCUGAAAAUUGUGCUGUAAUCAGUCCUGGUUUUGAAUGUAAAGGGUUAUCUUAUAUUGAUAAUACUUUUUCUAAAGUUUACUUUUUUAACUGUAUAAUAAUUCAAAUUAUGUUCAUAACUCAGAGUUCACAAAUCCUACUAGAUGUUUUUAAUACACUUAAUCAUAUUGCAGUUUCUCUGCAGAUACAGUAUAUCUGAGGAUGAUGCCCUAAAUUCAUUUAUUUUUUCAGGGUUGGAAUAUAGCAAAGUAACCAAAGAUAGUAGAGGUGGUAAUAAGUGUUGUUGAUGCCUUAAAAGCUGCUAUCUCAGCCAAGGUUUUCAUUUUACCUUUUAAUUGAAUAUAAGGGACAUUCCAGUAGGGUUGUGUUUUCUACAAACUCUAUAUAUUUAUUAAGAUUUUGAGAUAUAUGGAGAUAGCAUCUCUUAUCAUAAAAAUGGUAGAAUAAGAUGAAUAACUAGCAAUUAUUAUUAUGACUACUACUACUUAUAAUAAUCUUUCCUGUUUCAAGCACUUUCAGUUGCUUGAGAGAUUUUGUUUCAAAUAUGUCUUUAGUCAUCUGAUCUAUUUGAGGACAUUAUUAGGGCUUACUUGGAGCAUUUAAUAUCAUGCCUUUCCUAUGGGAGAUGCCUUUCCUUCUUUUUCUCAUCUUCCAAAGGAAGUAUUUGCUGCUGAACAUUCUUGUGAAAAAUCCCAUCUUCGCUGCCUGGAAUGAACGUCUAUGGAACCAGUUAGGCUGUCAUCGGGGAAUAGCCUGUUCUGUCUUGGCGGCCCCGUUCCAUGUCUUCCCUCUGCAAGUCGAUGUUAGUUUGAGGCUUCAAGAAUAUGAAUUUGGUCUUGGGAAAGUGAUGUUUUUCCUAGUGGAGUGUCUAGGCACUUCCCGGCGGACUCACUGUUGAAGUCCAUAGGAGACACUAUGCUGUGGAUCUCCAGGGAACAUGUGUGGAAAAUGGCGCAUUGACGCAUCUGCCAGAAGCAUCUCAGGAAAAAUGGCAAGAGCAGAAAAAUGGAAGGAAAAGUGGACCGAUUCCUCCUUGUGCCUGUUAGAAGGAAAUCACGCAGAUUAGCAUAUGGAGUGAUUAUUGAGCUUUCCCUACUUAAGAUUUCCUCCAAUUAAUCAUGUGAUCCUAUGGACAGCAUCAGAUUGAAGUCUCACAAUGGUUUUGAUCACCUUGUCUAUUUUAAGUCUUCUGCCUUGUGGUUUUGUACUAAUAUUAUUUUAAAAAAUAACUGUAAAGAUGGAUGCUAUGUAAACCCAUCACAGUUUUUCUGCUUCUUUGCAGUUUCCCCCCUCUGGGUGAGGGUGUUCCUUGUGCCUGGUUUGGAUGGGCUGUCUGCUCCUGAGUUUCUGUGCAGACCCUGGGUGAGGGCAGGGCGCCAGACACUCAGAAGUGGUGUCCUCAGUCUUGGGAAAUGGGCUUAAAUGGGCACUGGGGAAAGUUCAAGGAAUUGGAGGGCCAUCUUAUGUGGACCUGGCUGAAAUAAUGUUUUCUUUAUAUUAUAUAA